AUGCCAUUCAAACCAGAUUGUUCUGAAAUCAUGCUAGGAAAUUCUAAACAAACGGCAUCUAGAAGGUUAGAUCAACUAUGGAAACGAUUAGAACGGGAUCCGGCUAUGAAAGCGCGGUAUACAGAAUUUCGUAACGAAUACAAAACUUUGAAUCACAUGAAAGAAAUAAAAGAAGAUAAGGGAACAGAUGUCAGGUACUAUCUCCCUCAUCACGGUAUUUUUCGACCAGAUAGCAAAACUACUAAAUUGCUCGUAGUUUUCAACGCAAGUGCGAAAACAACCAGCGGACAUUCUUUGAAUGAUUUAUUGUGUAAAGGAGGGGUAAUUCAGGAAUAUCUAUUUUCAAUUCUAAUUAGAUUUAGAAAGUAUAUUUACGCAUUUACCACUGAUAUUAAACAAAUGUUCAGGAUGAUUGAAGUAGAUUCUUCUCAAACUAAGCUACAAAAAAUAUUAUGGAAAGAGAGUGAAUUUGCAUCAACUAAGAUUUACCAGUUACAAACUGUCACGUAUGGGACUGCAUCUACUCCGUACUUAGCAACGAAAGUUUUACAGCAACUUGCAUUGGACGAGGGAAAGGACUUUCCUUUGGCGUCCAGAGCCGUUCUUCAAGAUUUCUACAUGGAUGACUGCCUUUCUGGUAGUUCCAACUUGAAGGAGUUUUUGAAUCUUCAGUUGGAAUUGACGCAACUUCUCCAAAAAGGCGGCAUGAAUUUACACAAGUGGUGCAGCAACGAAGGUUCUACGACCGAACUUCAGGAAUUUCCUCUGGACAGAAAUUCUGAAGAAAUUGUAGUUAAAACGCUAGGAAUGCUUUGGAAUAGCUCAAGUGAUUCAUUUAUGUACAAGGUUAGCAACAAUCCAAAUCGCAAUUUCACCAAACGAGAUGUACUUUCGGAAAUCGCACGCAUCUACGAUCCACCUGGACUUUUAGGCCCUGUCAUCUCCAAGGCAAAAAUAUUUAUGCAACAAUUAUGGCUACUUAAAUUAGGCUGGAAUGAAACGCUCCCUCCAGAAAUUGCGGAGCAAUGGUACAACUUCGUCAAAACAUUCCCUGAGUUACAUUCUAUCCAAGUGCCUAGAUGUAUUUUAAAAUCCGACACCAAGUCUGUUAUACUUCAAGGUUUUUCAGAUGCAUCUUCAAAGGCUUAUGGUGCAGUUAUAUAUGUGAAAACUGUUUCCCAAACCAACGAAAUAAAGAAGCAACUUCUGUGCAGUAAAUCACGAGUUUCCCCGACCAAAUUCAUGAGUAUACCUCGUCUCGAGCUUUCUGCAUGUUUGCUUCUAUCCAAACUUACGCAAAAAGUCUUAGCCGCUAUUAAAUGA